GUGGCAGAAGCCAGUGUACCUCCGUAAGUAGUGCGUGGUGUUUGUCUCGAGGUGAGCUCGUGGCUGUGGAUUUAUAACGACCUUGCUGUAGAUACGGAGAGCCGAAGGAGGCUCAGGCAGAAAUCUCGGAAGGCUGGCCAACAUGUCUUCCCUCCUGCGAGCCUUGUUCACCGGAACCAGCAAACAUAAGAAGCUCUCGGAGGAAUGGGCCACCCUGCGCGAGCCAGUGGUGGAGGGCGUCACCUUCUACUGUAAAUACCUGGGCUCUACCUUAGUGGACGACCCCAAGGGUGAGGCGGCCACGGCGGAGGCGAUCAAGCGCAUCAUCCACACAGCCAAGCAGGUGGCGCGCAAGCCGGAGCGAGUAGCACUUCAUGUAUCCCUAAAAGGCAUUCGCAUGGAGGACGGAAUGACCAAGGAGCUGCUGCUGCAAACCUCCAUCUACAAAAUCUCUUACUGUUCUGCCGACGCCCACUACGACCACGUCUUCGCCUUCAUCGCCACCAAUGACAACGAGACGUGCGAGUGCCACGCCUUCCUCUGCCCUAAGCGGAAGAUGGCUCAGGCAGUGACCAUCUCCAUUGCCCAGGCAUUCAACCUCGCCUAUGAAUGCUGGAAGAUGUCCCUCGAAAAUAAGGAAAGUGAAGAGACGUAUGGACAUGAGGAGCUGCCUGCCGAGGUGACGGUUGGAUCAGCAACCAUCCACAGUGGGGCACGGCCAUCUCAAUCACAGCCCUCCUCCCAGGCCUCCUCACCCAUACCUAUUCGUUCAGACUUCGGCUCCUCGGACAUGAGCACCUCAGGUUACCAGUCCAGUAACCAAGCUUUGUUGAUUGACCUGGAGGACUCUUCAGAGCACCCCAGCACCACCACUCAACCUCACACCAAGACCCCUACACUCCCCAAACCCCUGAACACCCUUGAUGACCUCGACGAUAUUAGUGAUGGAUUCUCAAGAUUAGCUUUAAGGCGCGGAAAUCCACCCCAGCCCCUGACUGGGAUGAGCCAUCUGGGACUGGCCGAUCUCGGUCUUGCAGCAUUCACGGGUCACCAAGCAGCUUCUCCGACCGAGAAUGGCUUUUGGCCGUCAACUAGUCCCUCUCAAGCUGCCUCACCCCUGGCUACGUCCCCUCCAGACCCAUGGGGAGGCCUGGGCCAAUCUCCCCCUGAGGCAUGGGAGAUGUUCUCACGCUCACCGAACACUGCCUUCCUACACUCCUGCCAGUCUCCACCUUCAUCCUCCAUGUUUCCCACCACACUCUUCUCCCCUCCUCAUCCUAUUCAGUCUCCUCCUCCUAUUCAGUCACCUCCUCCUCCUGUUCAUUCAGCUCCACAGGUAGUGCAGUCAGAUUUGAAGUCACAUCCCCCAACAGUUCAGUCACCCUCAGACACUAACCCCUUCCCUUUUCCCACAUUCUCUACAACAGGAGAACCCAAUGAUCCCUUCUCUAUCAAACUGCCCCAGCAGAAAUGUCACAAUAAUGAGCAGCUCCCUUCUCUCCCCCUCUCACCUGUCUCACCUGUCAGUCCCAAUGGAAAUGAGAACCCCUUCCUUUCCACCACCAAUCCCUUCAUUGCACCUCCCACCCCAUUGAAGGAGAUGGCUAACAGCUCCCCGCAGCCACCUGUGGAGUGCCCUAGGGUUUUAGUUGCCUCAGGAAGUAGUGGUUGUAGCCCUGGCCGUCCUGUGUGGACUGCAGACCUGUUCAGUGGCUCCAAGAAUAAAGACGUCAUAUGUUCUUAGUUUAGUAUAUUGGAAUUUUUUGUACUGGAAACUUUUAUUAUUGAAUUUGUUGUAGUAUAUGUCAUGUUUCAGUCACUUUUCCCUGUGUUUAUUUUAUGUAUUAACUUGUUAUUUUGAUGCAUAAUGUGUAGCCUUUGUAAGGAAGGAAUACAUUUGCAUUUUCAUGUCCAUUGUACACAAGGAUUUGAUGUCCCACUUGGAGACACUUCUUAUUCUUAAGAUGCAUCAGCCAGACAUUGCUUACUCUGCCUUUUCUGAUUUAUAUAGGUAGCACUCAAGUAUGGAAGAAAAAAUAGCACAAAGAGAUGUCAAGGAAGUGUAAAGUACUGCAGCUUAAGACUAAGAUAUCUUUUUCACAGAUCUUGACAAUCUUGACACUCUUUAGUGAAUUUUUCUUUCCUUGUAUAAAAAUUAUAAAACUGAACAAAAUAUGAACGUCUAUGUGAUGGUGCCAUGAUAUUUAUUUACUAUGAGUGGCAAUUUUUUCCCUAUAUUGGAUUCCAGUGCUUCAUAUCAUUCUUGGAUGCCAUCUGUUUGUGAGAAAUGGCCAUAUGUAUAAAACGUGUACAAAAGAAAAUACCACAGUCAUGUGCAAAGUUUCUCUGAAAGUUAUGCAUAGAAAUAACAUUUAUGGUUAUCAGUUUUGUAUACAAAAAGGCAAGGAAUGUGUAAAUGUCCCUGCUGUAAAUUGCAGUUUCAAUACAUUUUGGAAUCUUUCAUCAUCACUAUAAAUAUUUAGACUUUU